CCCACUUGGGAGCUCCUCCUCUGGAGGCAGCCCCCAAACAUACACUGCUAGUGUUUGCGGCUUUCACCUGAGGGUCUGAGCGAAGCCCCGCGGCGCACGUGCAGUGAAUACCUCCACCCCCUUGGGGGGCGGGGUCGCGCCCAGAGCCAAUGAGAGCUUGCGAGGUGGAAGGGUAGGGAAGCUUCCAGAGGCCGGUGGGAAGGAAGUUUUAAAGAGGGUACAAGGGGACUUGCGGGAGAGUCAUGCAGUCCAAGCGGGAUUGUGAGCUGUGGUGUGAGAGGGUGAAUCCAGAAAACAAGGCAGCGCUGGAGGCGUGGGUCAGGGAGACAGGCAUCCGCCUGGUGCAGGUGAACGGGCAGAGGAAGUAUGGCGGGCCACCCCCAGGCUGGGUGGGCAGGCCGCCGCCAGCCGGAUCAGAGGUAUUCAUCGGGCGGCUGCCCCAGGACGUGUACGAGCACCAGCUUAUCCCGCUGUUCCAGCGCGUGGGCCGCCUCUACGAGUUCCGCCUGAUGAUGACCUUCAGCGGCCUGAACCGCGGCUUCGCCUAUGCCCGCUACAGCUCGCGGCGCGGCGCUCAGGCCGCCAUCGCCACGCUGCACAACCACCCGCUGCGGCCGUCUUGCACGCUACUCGUGUGCCGCAGCACUGAGAAGUGUGAGCUGAGCGUGGACGGCCUGCCGCCGAAUCUGACCCGCCGCGCACUGUUACUCGCGCUGCAGCCGCUGGGUCCCGGCCUCCAGGAGGCGCGGCUGCUGCCCAGCCCUGGACCGGCGGCCGGGCAGAUCGCUCUGCUCAAAUUCAGCUCGCACCGGGCCGCUGCCCUGGCCAAAAAGGCGCUGGUGGAAGGGCAAUCACACCUCUGUGGAGAGCCUGUCGCUGUGGAGUGGCUCAAGCCAGACCUGAAGCAGCGACUCCGUCAGCAGCUUGUGGGUCCCUCCUUGCGGUCCCCACAGCCAGAAGGCAGCCAGUUGGCCUUGGCAAGGGACAAGUUAGGGUCCCAAGGGGCUCGAGCUACCCUGCAGUUGCUGUGCCAACGAAUGAAGCUGGGGAGCCCUGUGUUCCUUACUAAGUGUUUGGGCACCGGGCCUGCUGGCUGGCACCGCUUCUGGUACCAGGUCGUGAUCCCUGGGCAUCCAGUACCCUUCAGUGGCCUAAUCUGGGUUGUGCUGACCCUAGAUGGGCAGGAUGGGCAUGAGGUGGCCAAGGAUGCUGUGUCUGCACAGCUGCUGCAGGUACUCACUGAGUCUGGGGCCAGCCUCCUGUGGUCUGCUGGAGCUGAGGCACGUACCAUGGUUAGACAGUGACUCCAUUCUCUCUCCAGAGGCAGCCUGAAUGGGCAGGCAGAGCCUGUGUCAGGCUCCAACCCAGCAGGCCUGGGUGGCCACUAUCUGACCCCAAAGGUGGGGAGGGACAUGGCCCCAAGCCCUUUAGCCGCCCUGCUGGGAGGGGGCAGCUUAGGUUUGGCCUAAAUUAUGGUGAGGGCCCUUGCCUUUCUCCUCUCAGCCCAGGGUCCAAACUGAUCCUGUGAUCUAACAUGGCCAUUCCUUGUCCCACACCCAUCCUAUCUAUCAUACCUUUUCCCUCUCCCACAGUUUAGCAUGAAUCUUUAUUGUCCUGAUUUGUCCUCUUUGUUGGUUAUUUAGGGGUAGGGGCAGCUGAGCCAAAGGGUCAGAAAUCCUGCCCUUUGCCUCCACCACAUGGCAUUCUGCUUUCGGUUUUUGUAGUUUUGGGUUUUUCUGUGCUGGUUGUAUUUAUAUUAAACCCCUGGUUAGUAUA